AAAAAGAGUACUGUCAAUGUGUACUCAUGCUUCAUUUAGAAUAUAAUAAAUUAAAUGAAAUUUAAACAGUUGAACUUUUGGAUGAUUGGUUUUAGAUAAGAUUGUUUCAAUUAAAAAAAUGAUAUUACUAAAAAGCACAACACAAGACAAACUGAGUAUGAUGCAUGUUCAUCUUGACAAUGAGAAGUUCUGUAGUGGUCACACGUCAAUUCAGUACUCACCCAAUAUUGUCCGAAAUGAUAUUUUUCACGGUAUUUCUAAGGAAGCACAAAAUGCAACUCAACAAAGUGUUUUGAUGAAAAAUCAAAGAACACACGCUAUUAACGAUAUUCAAUCACAAAUGAUUGCCUCAAAAAUCCCACUUUGUCUUGUUCAAGAUAUUUACGGUAAAUUACAUCAGUUAGUAUAUAUGAUACCUCAAAACCUUUACGAUCAGUUUUCUAGUAACGUUCAAACUGGAAAAAAAGUAACCUUACGGUCACACUAUGAAACUCUGCAAAAUCAAAUAAACAAUAAAAUUAAUACCAGUGAAAGCAAAGAAAGUUACUCUUGUUCGGUAAAUAUCAAAAAUCAGUCAAGUCAACAACAAUUUUUAACACCAGAUCAAACUAAUAAAGAAAAUUAUAGAGCGCAGCAACAUGAAGCUCUAAAUCAUCAGCAUCAAAUUUUAUUACAGCAUCAAAAUCAUCAACAGCAAAUGUUGCAGUAUCAAAUAAUGCAACUUGAAUAUCAAAAGCAACAACACGAACUGCAAAAUCGGCAGCAACAUCAGCAACAAAUUCAGCAUCAACAACAAUUGCAUAUGCCAUAUAGACAACAAUCACCACAAAAUCUUUUGUUAUCGUUUGAGUCUCAAAGCACGGCUCACUCAAAUACGCCAUCUGUACAAAAUAAAGUUAAUCUACAAGAACUGCAAACUUCCCCGAAUCAAAAAGUUCUAGAGCAUCAAGAUCAAGAGUUACAUCUAGAGAUACCGUUGCAACAAAAAUGUUUAAAAGAAAAUGUUAAUUGUGAUGUGAGUUGUAGUCCUAGUUGUAACACUCGUAUUGAAGAAGUUGACUUUUUAGCAGAACUUCAAAAUGGUUUAAAGAAAAAAACACCCGAUAAUAGUUACGAAUUAUUAGUAAACAAAAGUUCCGAUAGAAUACAAUCAAACACGCUUGAUAAAUUAGAUUUGAGUAAAACACCUAAUAAAUCUAACCCGAUAAAUUUUAACCAGGAUAAACCGGAUAACACAAACGAGCAAUCUGUUUGUAACGUUGAUUUGCAAAUAGACAACAGUUUACGAAAAAGAAAAAGUUCAAUCAGAUCUGAUUUUGAGAGUGAAAUCAAGAAAAGUAAUUCAAUUAUUAAUAGCCCAAAAAGUGAUUUUAACGAAAUGUUUGUAAAAAUAUCUCCAACAAGUAAUGAAACAUCAAUAGACAGUAGCGAGACAUCAGAAACUGAUGAAAGUCAAGAUUUACUUUGGAAUUUAUUUAUGGACGAAAUUUCGUCAACAUCAAAUGACUCUGAUAUAUUUAUAUCAGAAGACUUUGACUUUUUUGACAAACAUAAAAGUUUAGAUGAAAGUUUUAACAUGAACUUAAAAGAAUCAAAAGAUUUCUCCAGCAGCUAUAAUAGCAGAGAUGAUUAUAAUAACCGUGAUCACUUUGAUCAGUUUGAUUUGUUUCAGCAUAUACUAAUGUAAAAACACACGGAGAAAAUUUCCAAGCAAAAUACUUAAAUAUUACAAUCUGUUA